AGGGGGAAAAUACCAGAAAUGUCGAAGCAAUGUGGUUGAAAAUGUGGCCCAAGUAAUCUGCUGCCACGUACCAUGGAGUAUAGCAUUAUAGAGUCGAAGUGAGGCUCAGUCUAACUCCAUAAUAUACAGACCGGGAUCAAAAGUCUCCUGAUCAUAGCCCCCUCUUCCUUGGUAUAUAUGUAUCUCUUCUCUCUUCUUAUUUCUCGAUCACAAAACACCAUCCACAAUCAUGGCGGCCAUCAAAGUACAUGGAACCCCUUUCUCAACAGCUUCGGCUCGAGUUCUGGCUACCCUUUAUGAGAAAGAGGUUGAAUUUGAGUUUGUUCCGGUAGACAUGAAAGCUGGGGAACAUAAGAAGGAGUCCUUCCUGUCCAUCAAUCCGUUUGGUCAAGUUCCAGGCUUUGAACAUGGAGAUCUAAAACUCUUUGAAUCAAGGGCAAUUACAAAGUACGUUGCCAACGAGUAUGCUGAGAAGGGGACCGACUUGGUAUGCGGAGACUCUAAGAAGAAAGCAAUCAUAGGGUUGUGGAUGGAGGUGGAGGCCCACCAAUUUGACCCGGUAACUUCGAAGCUUACCUGGGAGCUGGCAGUCAAGCCAAUGUAUGGCAUGGCUACAGAUAAAGCAGUUGUGGAGGAGAACGAAGCUAAGCUGGCUAAGGUCCUUGAUGUCUAUGAGAGUCGACUGGCUAAGUCGAAGUACCUGGGAUGUGAAAGCUUCACCUUGGUAGAUCUGCACCACCUGCCCAAUGUACAUUACUUGAUGGGCACUGAGAUUAAGAAGCUCUUUGAUUCCCGCCCCCAUGUCAGUGCGUGGAUAGCCGAUAUCACAGCGAGGCCAGCUUGGUCGAAGGUCCUUGCCAUGCAAAAGCAACAGUAAGGAGUAAACUGUUGUUAUGGUGCUCUAGGGUGUCAUUUGAACUCAAUAAGUAUGUGUUUCAGUCUCCCUUGUUCAGUGUUUGGACUUCUGUUAUCGGGUCGUUCUCUCUAUGAGUGUUACUGGUCUUUUCCAAUCAGUUUUCAAAUUGAAGGGCUUCAAGUUUAUGC